GCGGGAAACGGUGAACUGAGUAGGCGUCUUUUUUUGGCUUUUGUAAAUUUAAUUUGAAAUAAGGAUCAAAUAAGUGGUGUAUUGUAUAUAUUUUGUUACUUUUUAUCUGUAUUUACGUAGUUCUUGUGUAAUUUCAUCAGUUAUUCGGUAAGUCAUUGCAUUUUGAUUUUUUCGUGAUGUGUGAACCUGACGACCCUGGGGGAGGCGUAGUCCCCCAGGCGUCCAAUUUUGUUACGAUUUCUAAUAAUUUAACCGAUAUGGAAACCGAUGGAUCAUUAUUUGACACGGAUGGGUCUGGAAAUAAUGUCAUUUCAAAGAAUAAACGUAAACGUUCCUCUGUGCAAAAAGUUUGUAAACACUGCAACAAAAAACGGAGAAGGAAUCGAAAAUCUAACUUAGGCGGCACUGCUAGUGAAUUUGAAUGCCAAUGUAUCAAUGAACUUGCUACUCUAACGCAAACCGCUUCAACUCCUACUGAUUCUUCACAAGUAGGUGAUACACUUGUCCCAGGUCAAAAGACUAGUGAAAUUCCAGGUUCUAGUGAAACACGUACUCCUGUAGGAAGAGACCUUUAUGUAGCUACUGACUUAGCCCCUUACACAGUUCAUGUGCAAAAAGAACAAUCCUCUCCAAACGAAAAUUGCACCUUACACCCCGUAUCAUUUGGGCAUUUUCUCAAAAGAAACAAUAUUAAAAAUAUUGUCAAUGGCAGUCUUAAAAGGAUAGGUAGGAAUAGAAUUUCAAUUGCAUUCUCCAACUUUGAGGAUGCCAACGCUUUCCUCAACAGUAACUUGCUGAAAUCAAAUACUUACAAAGCAUUCAUACCCACAUUUAAUGUGACACGGAUGGGAGUCAUCAGAGGUGUACCUGUGGGCUGGAGUGAUGAGGAUAUAAUAAAUAAUAUUAGUGUUCCUACAGGAUGUGGAAAUAUAAUAAAGGUAAGGCGCUUAAAGAAAAAGACAACUUCUAUUGGCAAAACUGAGUUUGUGCCAAUUGAAACUGUUGUAGUGACAUUUGAUGGACAGAUUUUACCAAAAAGAGUAUUCCUAUGCUACAACUCGCUUCCUGUGGACCUGUAUAUUUACCCCACAAUACAGUGUUUUCAGUGCUGCAGAUAUGGACAUGUAAAGAGUCAAUGCCGAUCAUUAGCAAGGUGUUUUAAAUGUGGAAUGGGACACACAGGUGACACUUGUGAUGUUGAUGAGGAAAAUAUAUCCUGUUUCUUGUGUUCUGGACUUCAUAUGGCCACAAGUAGGAAAUGUCCUGAGUAUGAUAGGCAAAGAAGCAUCAAAGAAUCCAUGGCUAAAAGCUGCAUAACUUAUUCAGAGGCACUAAAAUUACAUCCUCCGAUAUCAAAGUCAUACGCUGACGUUUUGGUAUCGGGGCGUUCUAGCCAACAAAAUCCUUUGAUUCCUCUCAGCCCACAGCAACCACAUAAUAAUAAUAAACAGAACACUUUAAACUCGUCUUAUAAGAAAACAGUUUUCAUAAAACCUAGAACACCGCAUAGGCCUGGUAAAGGUUAUGAUCGUCAUGAACACGAAGCACUAACUAAAGACUACAAUACUCCUAUCUCCCCCAGUAGAAGCAUUCUAAAUAAUGAUACAAACAGUUCACUUUCUAACCUCCCUAUUAGAGACCUUAUCAUUGCGCUUAUCACAUCUUUGACACAUAACAACAUAUUACCGUCCAACGUUGCCAUACCGAAAAAUGAUGUACUAGUAAAUAAUAUUUCUACUGUUUAUGGGGAAAAAGUCCCUAAUAGUGCAGUGGAAUUGCAGGAGCAUUAAUAAUAAGAAAAGCGACUUAAAUUAUAUAAUAAAUUCCAUAGAUCCAUUUAUAAUAGCUCUACAAGAAACUUGGCUUCGGCCUGACUCUGUUUUUAAAAUUUCCGGUUUUUCUUGUAUUCGAGAAGACCGUUUUGACAACUAUGGUGGGGUUGCCCUACUUAUAAGGCACCCAAUACCAUUUGUACAUAUUCCUAUUCCGCAGCAUAGUAAUGAUUUUUCGAUUAUCGCUGCUUCUGUAAAUAAUAUUUCUUUUGUUUCAAUAUAUAUUCCACAUCCCUCAACUUCUAUUUUUGAUGAAAUCGAACCAAUUUUGAGUGCAAUACCUAAACCUGUUGUAAUAAUGGGGGAUUUUAACUCUCAACACCAAUCUUGGGGAAGUACUACUUCUAAUCACUAUGGAAAUCGCAUUCUUGACUUUUUGGAUAGAAAUAAUUUAUGUUUCCUAAAUACUGGAAAUGCUACACGGCGCACCCUUCCUGACGAAGGGGUGAGUGCUCCUGAUCUCACUAUCUGCAAUCCCAGCCUUGCGUCCUCUCUAACGUGGUCGACCUUACCUUCUACAUACGGAAGCGAUCACUAUCCGAUAUCUAUAACCUUUCCAACUGACCAAAAGAUAUAUCCUGCUCGUCCACCACGCCAAAAGCACAAAUUACAAAACGCCGAUUGGGAUUUAUUUAAAGAAAGAGUUCAAGAAAAGGUUUCGUCACUGCCUCCUAUAAUUAAUACCAAUCAUAGCGAAUGUGCGGAGGCUUUAGCUUCGUUAUUGUUAGAGACUGCUGACGAAACCUUUCCUUCAAAAAAUCCUGCUCGUAAUAAGUUACCUGCUCCCCCUUGGUGGGACUCUGAAUGCUCUGGUGCUAUUAAAGAAAGAAAGGCAGCUGAAAAAAAGUAUGUUUCGGACUCGACUGAAGAAAAUUUUCAAUAUCUUUCGCAAGUUACUGCUAGUACAAGAAAACUUUUUAAACAAAAGAAAUGGGAAAGUUGGAAGAAUUUCUGCUUUUCCAUCUCUCCAGAUACGCCUUCAUCUGCAAUUUGGUCGAACAUUAGACGAUUUAGGUCAGCUUUUAAAGAAUCCACCCCAAAGGUUCUCCCUACAUCGUUAACCGAGAAAUUUUUAGAUAGAUUAGCUCCAUCAUCUGUCCCGGAAUUAAUUACUCCCUUGGUUAUGUCUAUGUCAGAUAACGUACAAUCUGGACUAAAUGCUCCCUUCAGUUUAAUUGAACUUAAAGGUGUUCUUUCUUACGUCAAGGACUCAUCACCUGGUCCUGAUGGAAUUCCUUACUCUUUUCUCACUCAGCUUUCGGAUUCAUCUUUGAAUUAUUUUUUGAAUUUAAUUAACUCUAUAAUAUUUACUGGAAAUAUACCCUCUUCAUGGAAAGUUCAAGAAGUUUUCCCUGUACUAAAACCAAAUAAAUGCCCCUCAGAGGCAGAAUCAUAUCGCCCAAUAGCUCUUUCUUCGGUUAUGGCUAAAAUUGCGGAACACUUAGUUAAAAACCGAUUAGAGUGGUAUGUGGAGAAUAAAGGAUUUCUAAGCAAUAGUCAGUUUGGUUUUCGAAAAGGUAGGAGCACGUCAGAUAGCAUUGCAAUAUUCACCACUGACAUAAGACUAGCGUUUUCGAUUAAUGAACAUUUGUUAGCAGCUUUUCUAGAUAUUUCCGCCGCGUACGAUAACGUAGUGUUGUCCGUACUUGUAGAAAAAUUGUAUAAAUUAGAGGUUCCUGUGAUUUUAAUAAAUUUUAUUGUAAAUAUCUUAGUCGGAAGAAGUGUACAUAUUUUUAAUGAAGACUUGGAAAAAAGAACGAGGUUAUUAUGGAAUGGGCUCCCUCAAGGUUCCGUUUUAAGCCCUCUUCUUUUUAAUAUUUACUCACAUGAUCUAGAAUCUGCCUUUAGUAAUGACAUUAGCGUACUCCAAUACGCUGACGAUUUAGUUUUGUAUAUAUCUGGAAAGAAUACUGAAAUCUUAUGUAAUACUUUGAACCAUAAUCUUUCAGUUUUAAAAUUGUGGUUAGAUAAUAACGGCAUGACUCUAUCCGUACCUAAAAGUUCGGUUGUUCUUUUCACUCGAAUGAGAUGUCCACCACCAAUUACAAUUUCUUAUGAUAACAUCCAAAUGCCGAUAAGUAACGAAGCUAAAUUUUUGGGAGUCAUUUUAGAUUCAAAGUUAACAGGACUUUCACAUUUCUAUUAUAUUAGUGCAAAAUGCGAACGCUUACUUAAUAUUCUAAGAUGUCUGCGGGGAGUAUGGUGGGGAGCUCAUCCGUUUUCACUAAAACUUCUCUAUAAUGCAAUCAUCAGAAGCAUUCUUGACUAUGGAACACAAUUCCUGGAACCUUGCAGCGUGGUUGGUUUACGAAAACUAGAUGUCAUACAAACAAAAGCACUACGUACUGUUGUAGGUGCAAUGAAAUCAAGUCCCAAUAAUGCUUUACAAUUAGAAUGCGUGGAUCCUCCUUUAAGACUUCGGCGACAGUUUCUUAGUGAUAAAUUUUUAUUUCGUGCUUUGCAAUUAUCUCAACACCCCCUUUAUCACAGAUUACUAACUUUAUCCGAAUAUAUUCAAUCUUCUUCGUAUUGGACACAUAAAAACCCUCCAUGUUUGGUAAUUAGCUUUCAAAAAUUUAAAUCUCUUCAAGCACCUACGCAUAGAUCACUUUAUCUCCCAAUAUUCUCUUCAGAUUAUGAUUCAUUAGUAUUAUCCCUCAAUAUUUCCUUCGAUAUUAAUAUAUCUAAGAUGGACAGAUAUGCUAACUUAAAGUUUAAUUUAAUAUUAGAAAACGACUGGUUUGAUUGGCAUCAUUUAUAUUGCGAUGCUUCAAAACAUUACCAGGAUGGUCCUGUUGGAGUAGGUGUUUUUCAUCAUCAGUAUAAAAUCCAUCAAAUGAUAAAAUUACCCCCUGAGUCUUCAGUAUUUACUGGGGAAUGCGUUGGUAUACUCAAAUCCUUAGAAUAUAUUCUUUUGAUGAAACUUAAAAAGUCUGUAAUUUUCUCAGAUUCUAAAAGUGCCCUUCAGGCCUUAGCUAAGUACCCCUUUAAAUCUAACAUUUUUUAUCCAGUAAUUAUGAAAUGUAGGAGCUUGUUUCAUAAAUGUAUUUCUUUGGGAUUACAAGUAGCUUUUGUAUGGAUUCCAAGCCAUUGCAACAUAACGGGAAAUGUCAAGGCUGAUCAUUAUGCGAAUGAUGCGGUGUCUAGUGGUGACAAUUUCCCAUACAAAAAUUACUGUCACGAUUUAGUAGCUCUACCUAAAGUGUAUCUUCGUCAAUCGUGGGAACAGGACUGGAGCAUUAGUAGUCAGACCAAAGGAAAACAUUAUAAACAGAUACAACCAACUAUUCCAAUUAAACCAUGGUUUUUCAAAUCCUAUUUACCAAAAAUUGCUACUACAACUCUUAUUCGUAUGAGACUGGGACAUGUGUGUACACCUCAACAUUUGGCACGAAUUCACAUUAUCGCUGAUGAUACUUGUGAAUGUGGAGAUGAAGUAGGCGAUCUAAAUCAUAUCUUUUUUGCCUGCCAGAAAUAUGAUUGCUCCUCCUUUAUCCAGUCAUUAAUAUCCCUCCGUGUCCAACUACCUACAUCCAUAAUUUGUCUGUUAUCCUCUAAUGAUGUAAAUAUAUAUAAAUGUAUAUCUAUGUUUAUUAUUACUUGUGAUAUUAAAAUAUAGUCUGAUACGGCUAUAUUUUAUCCUUUUUGUCAUAAACAUAUUUUUCUAUCUAAUGUACAUAGUAAUAUGAUUAGUUAUUAUUAUCCUGUAAACAAUAACACCAUUCCUGCCUGAUCCUUCAAAAUUUUCGCUCUUCCCGGGUAUUUUCCUUUAAAAUCCGUUUCCCAACCUUUACACCCCGUCAUUGGCAAAUGCACAAGCCGUGCGAGCCA